AUGCCGAUACCUACAAGAGUGUCUUCUAAUUUAGAAAGAAAUUCAUACGAUUUCAAUGAUUUUGACUCUAGAUUUAAUGAUACUAAUCACAAUGGUGGACGAGAAGAAGAAAACUUUUUAGAUAUAUAUAAUAUGACUCCAAAGCAACGAAUGAUCUAUAAUCUUAGAACGCGAUUGGAUCAAAUAUUAGAUCAUUACAAGAACCUUCCGAAGAUUCAGCAAAUUGCUAUAUGCAUUUUUGGUUUUGUAACAUUCGUAUUGGCUAUCCUGGUAUUAAUUUUCCAUAAAACAAUAUUACACAAAUUAGUGGAAAUGUCUAACGAAUUACGGGCAAAUUGGUUAACCCAAUUUGUUUUAUUUUUUUUAAUUUUUUGUGUUGGGUUUCCUCCAAUGAUUGGAUAUUCAAUGCUUUCUACAAGUACUGGCUUAAUAUAUGGUGUUACGUUGCAUGGCUGGAUUAUCUUAGCUUCAGGAUCAAUCCUUGGCUCUGUUGCUGCAUUCACAGUCUUCCAAAGGCUUCUUCAUUCAAAAGCCGAAAGUCUAAUUAAAGUGAAUAGAAAAUUUGAAGCCCUAGCAAUGAUUUUACAACAAAAUAACAGUUACUGGAUACUAGCGCUUCUAAGACUAUGCCCAUUCCCUUACUCUUUAACCAAUGGAGCCAUUGCUGCCGUAUAUGGCGUCUCAAUCAAGAAUUUUACAAUUGCAAAUAUUUUAACAAGUCCAAAAUUAUUUAUUUAUUUAUUUAUUGGCUCGAGAAUUAAAAAUAUGGGUGAAGAUGGUACAACAGCUGGGUCUAAGCUAUUUGAUUUAAUAAGUAUAGUAGUUACUGUUAUAAUUUUAAGCUUAACUGCUUGGAUAUUAUAUUAUAAAACUCAGAAGAAAUACAUUCAAUUACAACGUAAUGAUACUCAAGACCUUGAAACUCCAACCAUUGACGAAGAUUUUGAUAUUUAA